GCUGGACAUAGACCAACAGGCCACCACCGAAGCAGUCGCUAUUGCUGCUGCGGAGGAUUCUAGUGUGUCCAACUAAAGAUCGGGUGUCAGCGAUCCACCAAGUUAUUCUUUCUCCAAAACAGUGCAUCACACAACAACCACCAGCUCAAACACGAGUCCGACUCCGACAAACACGGUGCGGUUCAACCGGAUAGGAGACAAGGAGUGAUUGUCUCAAGUGCGGAGUGAGAAGAUCACAAAACGUUCACCAGUUGACGAGAACAACGACGACGAUGACACUCACAUAUGACGAAGAAAGUUUGCAAAGUUUCUUUUUUCUUCCGGGGACGGAUGACAUUUUCAUGACGGAAAAUGCUCAUCACUCCGUUACUCACAAUGCCCCCAGUGAUACGCAACAGUGCAGCAGCAACAGUAGCAGCAACGGGAGUGUGCCGGAGUUGGAGAGCUUCGACCCCACGUUGCUGUCCUUCUUCCCCAACAGUACCGCCGUGGAUGGCAGCUAUCAAGAACCACUGUAUUGUGGACCAAUCUUGGACCAUGACAUGAAUACAGCCAAAGAAAUCCUUCCCCUGCACUCACACCACGACAACCUUCAUGAAAAUCUCAUUAGUGCCUCGAUGGAGCACAUCUAUUCUCAGAUGGAUGAGAUAUCACCUUCCUCAUCGUGUGGCUCCUCACCCACGACAUCGUUGUCCAUCUCUCUUGAUGAGUACUCUCCUGCAUCUCAUUGUCCUGACUUGGAGGGAAUCAACGACCCAUGGGAUACCAUGUUCAAUCUCAGCGUUGAAGCAUUUUCACCGUCAGAAUUCAACUCGCUUGUGGACCCACUUUCUAGCAUCACAUCCUCAUCUCUGCUGCCACAGACCACGAUGUUGUUCAAAGAGGAGCCCUUUUCCCCCUUCCAUGGAAUAUCUGCCGUCCCCCCUUUUCUGGAAGAUCAGAAGAUGGACUUGACCCCUCCAGCCAGUAUUAAAUCAGAAAGUGUGUCACAACCACCAAGCAUCCCCACUCUGAAACGUGGCGGUGGAAGACCGCGUGGGAGAAAACCAGGCAGCGUCAAUUCCAAGCCACGCCAAUACAGGAAGCGAUCCACGGUAGAAGGUGGACGGCCAGGACGACGACCAAAUGCCAGUAAAACCCCUUACGGAGAAGGUUUCGAGCUCCGAUGUCCGUAUGAUAACUGUGGAAAAGUGUACUUUAAGUCUUCUCAUUUGAAAGCUCACGUUCGGCGACAUACGGGCGAGAAACCGUUCGUCUGUCCAUGGGAUCAAUGUCCAUGGAGGUUUUCGCGUUCCGAUGAGUUGGGUCGUCACUACCGGUCCCACACGGGUGACAAGCCAUACCAGUGCGCCAUAUGUCACAAACGCUUUGCACGAAGUGACCACUUGUCCAAGCACAGGAGGGUGCAUGAACGGUCCAAGGACACGUGUGACCUCAUGCUUCCUCAUCUCGCUUUUUGCGGAGACGUUGGGCAGCCGUUGUGCCGACCUCCGAAAAGGGGUCGUCCCAAGAAUUCUUAUGUACAAUAAACAGUGGUACAAACGAGGGGAAGAUAAAGUAAAACUAGACCUGCUAAUGAGAUGAAGGUCACCUUGUAUAUGUUUGUGUAUAGAAUGAACGUGGCAUUUUUAUGUGUUUAUACUGUAUUUAAUUAAUUAUGACCUUCAAAAAUCGAAAAUAAAAACUUUGGGCUCAAACCAAAAUGACCCCAUAAGGACUUGUCCUUCGGGUUCCAAAACACCCACAAAACAA